GGCCGCUGUACAUGUGGGCGCCUGUGGGCGAACAUGCAGAUGUGGCAAGUUCCCUGCCUCUUCUUUACACCGGCCAGCUUGUUGGAUACCAAACUGACUCUUCUGUUGGAGACUCUCCUGGGCGCUUGGGUUGGAGGCCAUGGCGGAUACCGCCUUGGCGCUGCUGAGCGUGGCGCUGGCGUGCUGCGCGGCGCUGGUGGCCGGUCAAGGAGCCAAUUCAUCGAGCACAGCCGGCCCUGGCGCAAACAGCGCCGCGACGCAUGCAUGGCUGGACACAAGCCUGCCGCCGGACGAGCGGGCGGCAGCGCUCGUGGCCGCGAUGACGGGGCCCGAGAAGCUCGCGCAGCUGGAGAGCAGCCCCGCGAAGCGCGCCAUGCGCCUGGGCAUCAGCUCAUUCUACUAUCAGCGCGAGUGCUUGCACGGCAUGGUUGCCGACAACGGCGAGGGCACAAUGUACCCACAGCCCAUGGCAUGGGCCGCUACCUUUAACCCAGCGCUCACACAGCAGGUCGCCAGCCAGAUCGGCGACGAGAUGCGGGGCAUGAACAACGCGGCGGUGGCGGCGGGGCGCGGGCCGCAAUACACGCACUGCUUCGGGCCCCACCCCGCCAUCGUCAGGUUAGCUUGCUUGCUUGUUGCCUGUUCUUGA